AUGGAAUCACAACACAUCCUUAAUUCGACGCACGUCAUCUUCACCCGCCAAAUUCCAACACCAUCGACUUAUACCGUCAAUUUUCUCCUGCCCCAGUACUCCAACGCACUGAUCCACGAAUUUAAGCGUCAAUUGCUCAUCCGUCAUCGGCCUCUCCAAACUCCCCACAGCAUGAUCAACAUGCUUCUCAAUAUCACACCUCCCCUUGACCUUUACAACAAUAUGACACUCAUCAGCCCGCAAGCUCUCAUCAGCCACAGCCUCAAACCGAUCCCUCAACCGCACAACCUUCUCAUCAACAACAACACAAUCCUCGUACUCCGCCGGCGUAGCCUUCCCAAAUAA